AUGGACGAUGAUUAUUGUAGUUGGAUAGAAUUUCCGAAAUCCAGUAAAGAGUAUGUAGCAGGAAUAAAGGCAUUUUUGGAAAAUGCAUUUCCAAUUUAUGCUAAAGGACAAGAAAUGAAGUGUCCCUGCAAAGUAUGUGUGAACCGUUACUGGCACCUUCAAACUAUUAUCUAUGAUCAUCUCAUAUGUAGUGGCCCAUCUCCAUUACAUAUGAAAUGGAUCUGUGAGGUUUCACAUACCAAAGUAGACGGUAGUAAUGACGUCAUGGAGGGUUUUGAAGAUAAUUUAGGGGAAAUGUUCAAGUGUACAGGUAAAAAGUUCCGAGAUUUAGAAAAUGACUAUGAAAGUCUAACAAAUGCAGAGGCUAGAAAGUUUUAUCGCCAUGUUAGGGAGGGUAAACAACCACUAUAUCCCGGUUGCACUAAAUUCUCUCGGUUAAGUUUCCUUAUUAAACUUUAUCAUUUAAAAUGUGCUCACGGAAUUUCCGAGUCUGCCUUUGGGGAACUACUAGAGUUAAUAAAAGAUGCAUUUCCUGAUGCACACCUACCUUUGUCUCUGAAUGCCGCGAAAAACAUGAUCAAGGAUUUAGGUCUACAUUAUGAAAAAAUACAUGCAUGCCGAAACAGUUGCAUGUUGUAUUGGGGAGACAAUAAAGACAAAGAAGAAUGUGAUAAUUGCGGUGUUUCUAGGUGGGUGUUACCAGCAAAGAAAGGCAGUGAUGCUAGUCAUGCAGGGCAAGUUAUCCGCAAAGUCCCAGCGAAUGUGAUGAGGUACUUCCCUCUGAAACCUAGAUUGCAGAGGUUUUUCAUGUGCAAGGACUAUUCAAAACUAAUGACAUGGCAUGACGUGGGACGACAAAAGGAUGGGAAGCUAAGACAUCCGGCUGAUGCUCAGUCUUGGAAGACGAUGGAUGCCAUCUAUCCUGAUUUUUCAUCAGAAAAUCGGAACAUUAGUUUAGGGGUAGCCGCAGAUGGAUUCAACCCUUAUCGUUCAAUGAAUCUAAGUCACAGUACUUGGCCAAUUAUAUUGGUUAAUUACAACCUCCCGCCUUGGUUAUGCAUGAAACCAGAAAAUCUAAUUCUCUCAACACUAAUAUCUGGUCCAGAAUCACCACGUAAUAGUAUUGACGUGUAUAUGCAACCUUUAAUUGCGGAGUUGAAAGAAAUGUGGGAGGUCGGCGUCCAAACGUAUGAUGCCUUGGCUGAUGAAGAUUUUAAUUUGCGUGCUAGAGUGCUAUGGACUAUUAGCGAUUUUCCGGGAUAUGCUAUGUUGUCCGGCUGGAGCACAAAAGGCAAACUAGCGUGUCCUGUCUGCCAUUAUGAAACUUCAUCACAUUAUUUAAAACAUAGCAAGAAGAUGUGCUAUAUGAACCAUAGGAAGUUUCUCGAUCCUGCACACAAGUGGAGAAUGGAUACUAAAAGAUUUGAUGGCACAAUUGAAAAGGGGCAUACUCCUCCAAUUUUAACUGGAACAGACAUCGAAGAGUUGUUGUCUGGGUAUGUAAACCAGUUUGGGCUGAAGAAGAAAAAGGGUAACAGUCAAAAAGGUUGCCCUUUCAAAAAAAAGUCAAUCUUCUUCGAUUUGCCCUAUUGGAAGCAUAAUCCACUUCGACAUAACCUUGACGCCAUGCACAUAGAGAAGAAUGUGUGUGAUAACAUAUUGGGUACUUUACUCAAUAUGAGUGGCAAGACAAAAGAUCAUGUUGCUGCUCGUAAAGACUUACAAGAAAUGGGAAUAAGAAAAACCCUUCAUCCUGUUCUAUCAGAAGACGGAACACACCAUGAAAUCAGAGCAGCAAUUUUUGACUUGUCGAAUAAAGAGAAGGAUGUGUUCUGCUCAGUUCUGAAAAAUACUAAACUGCCAUACGGCUGUGCUUCUAACAUUAGUCGAUAUGUGCACACAAAGGAGAGGAAAGUAGCGGGGUAUAAGAGCCAUGAUGCUCAUUUCAUACUGCACUACAUGUUGCAGUUUGCUGUCAAGAAAACCUUAAAGGCUGAGGUUGCAGUACCGUUGAUGAGAUUGAGUGCGUUCCUUAGAGCUCUAUGGAGCAAGGUGAUCGAUUUGGAGGAGUUUAAAAAGUUGCAAACAAAAAUCGUCGAGGUACUUUGUCAGUUUGAGAUGAUAUUUCCAUCUGCCUUCUUCGACAUAAUGGUGCACUUGCUUAUUCAUCUAACCAGCGAAGCUGAAGUUGGGGGACCUGAGCACGUUCGAAACAUGUUCGGUAUAGAGCGAUAUCUUGCGAAGUUAAAAUCAUACGUUCGUAACAGAAGUAAACCAGAAGGUUCUAUUGCAGAGGGUUACAUAGCCGAAGAAUGUGUGACUUUUUGUUCGAGAUUUUUGGGUGGUGAUGAAACAACAAAAAACACCGUGUGCUCGACAGUUUUCGAAAGAGGGCCAACACAAGCGGAAUAUCACAUCGGAACAAGAAGGAAUAAAGAUGGAAUUAUGAUUCAUUUGGAAGAUGCUGAUUGGAAGGCAGGUCCAUCGCUAUGUUUUGUUCAAUAG